CGUCGUAGCCAUUUAAUCUUAAUCUGCAAGGAACCGAGUUGUUCUGUACGUAGUGCGUUUGUGAUAUUACUUCUAGGUACUCUUUUUGAUUUAAUCAAGUUCCCUCGCCGCGCUUAAUCUGCAAUGUUUCAAAACAUGUUUCUGUGUUAUAAUUUAAAACGUGUGCAUAACAGACUGUGGUAACUAUCAAAUUGUUUUAGUGAAAAAUUCGUUUUUGAUGGUGAAUUUAGAGGUUCUUAUUGUACACUUUUUGGUGCCUACAAUUUUGUAUAUUUUAUGAACACUUAGUUAUCAAUUGCAUACAUUUCCUUGUUUAGUCAUUUAAAUAAGUGACAAUAAAACGAGCGCAUUUAGUAAUCUCUGAAUUAACUUGUUAGUAAAAUUUACCUACCAUUCUGAAAACUCAAUAAUCCAACCUAAUAAAUUUUACAUGUACCUACUUAUUGAAGGACAAUAAUAAAAACUAAACAAAAGCAUUUUACUAAAAGCGAAGUACUACAUACGUGACUUCAACAGCACUCCUACUAUAACUUGUUAGUGAACAGGUACCUAACCUACAGAAAAGAUUAAGGAACAAUAAUUAAUUAAUACAAUGUGUUGAAAUCAAACUGGGACAAUAUUUGAUGGCUGUGGCGGUCCCUAACUGCCACUCGAGGGUGUCCAUGUCCGUCUCCAUGAGUUUAAUGCAGGGUACAGCUGGUCCCACUGCUGGAGGACAGCAAGGGGGCCUGCACGGUGCUCAGCCUUACUACCAUCCGCAACAUGCUGCAGCUCCGGCUCAUACACAGGAACAGGUUCAACCAGACCGCCCCAUCGGAUACGGAGCGUUUGGAGUUGUUUGGGCUGUGACGGAUCCAAGGGACGGUAGAAGAGUGGCUUUAAAAAAGUUACCGAAUGUGUUCCAAUCAGUGGUUUCCUCCAAGAGAGUGUUCAGGGAAUUAAAAAUGCUCUGCUUCUUUAAACAUGAAAACGUUCUCUCAGCCUUAGAUAUUCUACAACCUCCCCAUCUCGACUUCUUCCAGGAAAUGAUCACCCUUAAAUAA